GCCAUGGCCUUGCUGCUGUGGCUGGGCCUGACGGCGGGGCUGGCCCGCGGCUGCCUGCACUGCCACGGCAACUUCUCGGACAAGUUCUCCUUCUACCGCAACCACGUGAACCUCAAGUCUUGGUGGGUGGGUGACAUCCCCGUGUCGGGGAGGCUGCUCACGGAAUGGAGCCAGGACACGAUGAAGGAGCUGCACCUGGCCAUCCCCGCCGAAAUCACGCGGGAGAAGCUGGAUGACGUGGCUAGAACCGUGUACCAAAAAAUGGAUCAACUGUUCCAGGGGAAGAUGUAUUCCCCAGGUUAUUUCCCUAACCAGCUGAGGACCAUCUUUCGGGAACAGGUGCGCCAGCUGCAAAACGUCAUCAUCCAGAGCCGCAUAGACUGCCAGCGACACUGUGGCAUCUUCCAGUAUGACACGAUCUCCUGCGGCAACUGCACAGACUCGCAUGUCGUCUGCUUCGGCUACAACUGCGAGUCCUCAGCACAGUGGCAGGCAGCCGUGAAGGGCCUCCUGCUGUACAUAAAUAAGUGGCACAAGUAAGUUGUCCUCACACUCAGCGUGCACGCGCGUGCGUGUGCAUGCGUGAGCACCCCGGUGGUGAGUAGGUGUGGGCAGUAGGGGCCUCACCCUGGUGAAUGGGGGCGGUGAAUGA